GCCCACCACUCUGCUCCCAGAUACCUACGCAACAAGGUACGGAGUCCCAUGGGCAAGAACCAACCUCGCCGUCCUCAGCAACCACCAUGGCGUGGAGAGGAGCAAGGCUACGGACAGGGCAAAGAUGGCCGCAAAUGGGACUACUGGCGUGGCUCUUAUGCUGUGUCUCCUCGACAGGAUCGACCUCAGCUGCCGCGGUACGACCAGGUUACCCUCAAGGAGGACCCGGCCACGAAGCCUCGCGACCCCCUUCCUGCCCCGUUGGCGGCGGAUGGAAGGAUCCGCCGACUCCAAGAGGACAAGAUCCUCAAGGCCAAGCAAUGGGACCAAUUCGUGGCGGACCAGAAGGCCAAUUUUGUCAAGCAGCGACGACAGUACGAAGCGGAUGUCAGCAAGAUCGAGACGGAGCUCCUGCAAGCUGCCGAAGUGGGCAACGCGGCGGCGGAGCAGGUCAAGGCUUUGGUGGCCAAUGGUGUGGCCGCCAUCAAGGCCCCGACCCCGCGGGAGGACCCGGAAGCCAGCCAAUGGGACCAGAUCAUGCGAGAUGCUCUCACAGAGGCCGACAGUGGGAGCUUCUUUCAAGAGGCUUUCUCUGCUGCGGCUCACUUGGGCAGUGGCGGAGUACCGGGUUUUGGCUCCAACAAUGCAGCGGCACCUCUGGCCGGCCUGGCUGCUGCCAAUCACCCUGCGCCUACGUAUGGACCGGCAUCUCCGACAGCCAAUCUGCCCAAUCCCUACAUGGGCAGCCCGGGUCCAACGACAGGACGUCCGGGUACGGAACCUGGGGAUGUCAACAAGAACCCGGCAACGAUGGUUCCACCGACGCCCCCGGGGACAGAUUCCAGACCCCCGGGCACUGUACCGACUGGAGUGCCAGAAGGCGCCCAUGCCAACAACGGCUUGCCAGGGCAGAUGCCACCGGCUGGAUAUCUUCAAGAACACCUGGCUGCCAAGAGGGAGGAGCGGCGGUCAGCGAUGCACCCCUUUGGAGUUCCUCCACAGGAGAAGCCGGCAGUUCCUGGGGAAGGAACUCCUCUACCUACGACCCCGGUUGGUCAGGGAACUACGAACGUCCCAGGCACACAGGUGAUGUCAGUCGACGACGAGGAGCUCUCCAAGGCUGUGUCUUCUCCUGGGCUAGGCAAGAUGAACUGA